UUCCGGGGCCGCGUGACGCACGCGCUGUGUUCCCUCCGUCCCGGCCUCCGCUCUUUUAUCGGCAGUCCCUGGUGUCUUUUCGUAGUUCUUUGGUGUCUGACAAGGCCAGCAGCCCAAAGAGACGAUGGGAGGCGAAGAGAAGCCGGUAGAAGCUGGUGAGGAGAAGCGAAAAGAAGGAGGCAAGAAGAAGAACAAGGAAGGAUCCGGAGAUGGAGGCCGAGCAGAGUUGAAUCCUUGGCCUGAAUAUAUUAACACACGACUGGAGAUGUAUAAUAAACUAAAAGCAGAGCAUGAUUCCAUUCUGGCAGAAAAGGCAGAGAAAGAUAGCAAGCCGAUUAAAGUCACCCUGCCUGAUGGGAAACAGGUGGAUGCAGAAUCCUGGAAGACCACGCCAUAUCAAAUUGCUUGUAGUAUUAGGUAUAAACCAUGUCCGUCUUCACUUUCUAUGGUUUAUAACUUAACUAAAUUUUCUUUUAUUAGCAUGUCUGGUUUUAGCCUUAUAGUGUUUUUACGAUUGAACAAAGUUGUUUGGGAUCUGGACCGGCCUCUGGAGGAAGAUUGUACCUUAGAGCUUCUUAAGUUUGAGGAUGAGGAAGCUCAAGCAGUUUAUUGGCACUCGAGUGCUCACAUCAUGGGUGAAGCCAUGGAGAGAGUCUACGGUGGAUGUUUAUGUUAUGGUCCACCAAUAGAAAGUGGAUUCUAUUAUGAUAUGUACCUUGAAGAAGGAGGUGUGUCCAGCAAUGAUUUCUCUUCUUUGGAGACUUUAUGUAAGAAAAUCAUUAAAGAGAAACAAGCUUUUGAACGAUUGGAAGUUAAGAAGGAAACUCUACUGGAAAUGUUUAAGUACAACAAGUUCAAAUGCCGGAUAUUGAAUGAAAAAGUAAAUACCCCAACUACAACAGUCUAUAGGUGUGGCCCCUUGAUUGACCUCUGCCGCGGUCCUCAUGUCAGACACACUGGCAAAAUUAAGAGUUUAAAAGUUCACAAAAAUUCCUCCACAUACUGGGAAGGCAAAGCAGAUAUGGAGACUCUCCAGAGGAUUUAUGGCAUUUCAUUUCCAGAUCCCAAAAUGUUGAAAGAGUGGGAGAAGUUCCAAGAAGAAGCUAAAAACAGAGAUCACAGGAAAAUUGGGAGGGACCAAGAACUGUAUUUCUUCCAUGAACUCAGCCCUGGAAGCUGCUUCUUCCUGCCGAAGGGAGCCUACAUUUACAAUACACUCAUGGAAUUCAUUAGGAGUGAAUACAGGAAAAGAGGAUUCCAGGAGGUGGUCACCCCAAACAUCUUCAACAGCAAACUCUGGAUGACCUCUGGCCACUGGCAGCACUACAGCGAGAACAUGUUCUCCUUCGAGGUGGAGAAGGAGCUUUUUGCUCUUAAGCCCAUGAAUUGCCCUGGACACUGCCUUAUGUUUGAUCAUCGGCCAAGGUCCUGGCGAGAGUUGCCUCUUCGGGUGGCCGAUUUUGGGGUACUGCACAGGAAUGAGCUGUCAGGAGCGCUGACAGGACUCACCCGGGUACGAAGAUUCCAGCAGGAUGAUGCACAUAUAUUCUGUGCCAUGGAGCAGAUCGAAGCUGAGAUAAAAGGCUGUUUGGACUUUCUCCAUACAGUGUAUAAUGUAUUUGGGUUUUCUUUCAAACUGAACCUUUCUACUCGCCCAGAAAAAUUCCUUGGUGAUAUUGAAAUAUGGAACCAAGCUGAGAAACAACUUGAAAACAGUCUGAAUGAAUUCGGUCAAAAGUGGGAAUUAAAUCCUGGCGAUGGAGCUUUCUAUGGUCCAAAGAUUGACAUACAGAUAAAGGAUGCGAUUGGUCGCUACCACCAGUGUGCAACCAUCCAGCUGGACUUUCAGUUGCCCAUCAGGUUCAACCUGACUUUCGUGAGCCAUGAUGGUGAUGAUAAGAAAAGGCCAGUGAUUAUUCAUCGAGCCAUCUUGGGAUCAGUGGAAAGAAUGAUUGCUAUCCUCACUGAAAAUUAUGGGGGCAAAUGGCCUUUCUGGCUGUCUCCUCGCCAGGUGAUGGUUGUUCCAGUAGGACCAACAUGUGAUGAGUAUGCCCAAAAGGUAACCAUUAAAUAGCACCUUCUUCUUAACGUCGGGCAUACGUUUUAGCUCUCAUAGCUGCUUAUUCCCAGUAAAUCAUGCUGCUUGUGACAUGUAGAGUAUUACUGUGCAUUUUUAACCUGUGGUAAGUCUAAAUGAAUUAUAUCACCACUUUUCAAAGUGGUUCUGUGAUUAG